AUGGUUUCGCGACUUCCAGGACUUCAAAAACUGAUUAUGGUUCAGAAAGCUGGUGCCUGGAGAGAUGGAAGCGAAACUUGGGAUAGAAAUCACAGUCAUACGGAGGUUGGAGAUUGGGAUUAUGAAGAGCCGCUUGAUGAAGUCGAUUCUGGUAUGAAGGGAAAUUGUUCCAUUACUCCUUGGACCUGUGGCGGUAUGGGUCUCUUAACUCAUAGAGGGGUACUUUACUCCCUUUACAACCCUACAGAGCCGCCGAUAUAUGGCGAUGAUGGAAGUUACGGAGUCGCUAUUGUACCAUUUGAGAAGCUCGAAUCGGCUUAUGUGCAUUGCUCUUCUCGUAAGGGGGGAGAUUGA